AUGCAGUUCACAACAAAACCGGCUGAGACCCAGGGAGUCUUCUCAACCCCCUCUCGCGCUACGUCCGACACGGAGUGCGAUACAGACUCCGAGACGCUUCUCGACUCUGACGACGACUCCGACGACCGCAAGCUAAGGCAACAAGAAAACGGCCUACCACAAUACCACAUCACCGGCAUACUAAUCGGAACCACAGUCAUGGAUGAGGGUGUCGAGGUCAACCCAAUCGUCAACAGCUCGGUUGAUGUAGCGAACUUGCGCGUCGAAGUGAGGGGCAGGUCGGGCAAAGAAGCCCGGAAGAAGUUGCCGGUUAACCCUGUUAGUAUUUUUGACGGGUUGGGGCCGUGGGAGAAGGAGUGGGAUGAUAUGUGUGGGUGUGAGGGGAGUGAGGACUGUUCGCAUAUCGAUGACGGGGAUAAGGAUGAGAAGGUGGGUUCGGAAAUCAUCAUGGAAGAUGCAGACAGCUUUGCCAGGAGCACUGUCUGCAAUGAAGAUGACGAAGAUGGCGACUUCGUCAUGGAUGUCGACGAGAAUGUGGGCGUCGAGCCUUGUGUUGGCAUGGAGUAUGUUUGGCAGGCUUAA